AUCAAAACGGUUCCACACCCGGGUACUAUACUUGACGGGAAGGGCCUUACUGGCGGUCAAACCUCUCCGGAAGAACGUUCGAGCCCAGCCUCGGUCAUGUUAAUGACUCGGUUGGUUGGUUGGUGAGUUGGCUGGCGAAACAGGAUGGAUGCAAUCAACUCCGUCCUAGCCUUACCUAAGGUACCUGCCCACCUCCUACCAAGACUUGUUGACUGUCUGCUCCGAACUUACCCAAGAAAAGCUCAAGCUGGGACGCGAGUCCCUUUUAGGUCGGCCAUGAUGAUAAUCGUCAACAUCAUCGUCGUCAUGACCAUAAACGUACUGAUAGAGAAAAAAAAAAUACAAAUAGAAAUGGAUAAUAAGAGUGAUAUUAAUGCUGUGAACAGGAUGGAGACAAACAGUCGAUAUUAACACACGACGAUGCUCUAUUCAGGUGCGUUAACCUGUUCACUCCGGGUGUAGGUAGGUUGGUCCUUUCGAAGUAUAGAUAGUAGUAUUGGUACAUAAAUGUCUUGUCU